CAUAAGACCAAUAACAAUAAUUGGUCACACAAUUUCUUUACCCUAAAGUCCUAAACCAAAAACACCAGAAAAGAUGAACCUCAAACAUGUUCUAGUUAUUCCAUUUCCAGCACAAGGGCAUGUGAACCCUCUAAUGCACUUAUCACACAAACUAGUUCAACAUGGCUGCAAAGUUACCUUUGUCAACACUGAGUUCAUCCACAAGAGAGUGCUUACUGCAAUGAAUAAGAAUGUUAAUCUUGAAGGGUCAAAAGUGGAAUUAGCCUCAAUCCCUGAUGGGUUAGGACCUGAAGAAGAUAGGAAUGACUUGCCUGCUUUAGCUUUGGCUAUAUUGAGAACCAUGCCUUGUGCUCUUGAGAAUCUCAUAAGGGACAUUGAUUCUAUUGAUGGUGGGAGUAAUAGAGUCACUGCCAUAGUUUCUGAUUUGAAUAUGGCAUGGGCUUUGGAAAUUGCACACAAGCUUGGAAUCAAAGGUGCUCUCAUCAACCCUUCUUCUGCAGCAGUUUUUGCCCUGCAAGACAAUAUGCAAAAGCUCAUUGAUGAUGGAAUCAUGGAUGCCAAUGGAUUACCAAUUAAGAAAGGGAAAUUUCAGCUCUCACCGGAAAUGCCUAUCAUGGACACAGAUAAUACUCCAUGGUGCAACAAUUUUGGAGACUUAACAUCUCAAAAGACUAUAUACUAUUACAUUUCAAAGAUGAUGCAACAUUCACAUUUAACAGAUUGGUGGCUUUCCAACACAACAAGUGAACUUGAACCAGCAGCAUUAUCUUUGUGUCCAAAGAUCCUACCAAUAGGUCCACUUAUGGAGAGCACCGAGUUUCGAUCACUCGGACAAUUCUGGGAAGAAGAUCUCUCUUGCUUGAACUGGCUAAAUGAGCAACCACCUUGUUCUGUUAUAUAUGUUGCCUUUGGCAGCUUCACUGUUUUCGACCCGCGUCAAUUCGAGGAACUAGCCCUUGGACUAGAACUCACCAACAUGCCUUUUCUUUGGGUUGUGCGUGAAGAUUCUAAUAGUAAAACCCAAAUUGCAUACCCAAGUGAAUUUCAAGGGACUAAAGGUAAAAUUCUUAAAUGGGCACCACAACAAUUAGUACUAAAUCACCCUGCUAUAGCUUGUUUUGUAAGUCAUUGUGGUUGGAAUUCUACUAUGGAUGGUGUGUCUAGUGGAACACCUUUCUUGUGUUGGCCAUAUUAUGCUGACCAACUAUACAACAAGAAUUAUGUUUGUGAUGUUUGGAAGGUGGGUUUGGGGUUUGACUUGGAUCAAAAUGGGAUCAUAUCACGUUGGGAAAUAAAGAAGAAAGUGGAUCAACUCCUUGGAGAUCAAAACAUAAGGAUUAGAUCUCAGAAAAUGAAGGACAUGAUCAUAAAUAACAUUGCAGAAGGUGGCCAGUCUUCAGAAAACUUCAACAAGUUUACAAAGUGGCUCAAAGAAUAAAUUUGAUGUGUUUUUUUUUGUUU